CAAAAGAGCGCUGCGCCAAUUUCUACGGUGGAGGGGGAACGUCUUCCUCUUCAGUCACCCCUGCCUAUCGCCAGCACCUCCAAGGUUGCGCAGCGUGGCACGGGGGGGCUGAAGGAGAAGGCCAAAAAUAAGGCGGCGACCCGUAUUCACGUAAGGCUUAGUGGCGUAGCUAACCUGUCCGUCAAGGACCAGGAGAGGCUUGCCUGGGCCAACACGUGGAUGCGGGAAAACCAACUUAGCCCCCUUCCAAAAGACACUUAAGUGCAGACCGGUUCUACCGGCCCUGCCAACAACAAGGUGGAGUCCAUGGCAAGCAAGCGCCAACGGUCCGCUGAGAGUCCCAAGCAAGGGGCCCCAGUGAGCAAGAGGCUGCGAGCACCUGGCUCCACCAACACGGACUCGAACAAGACGAGACAGAGAGCAACGGUUGCUGAAACUGCCAGGCGGCAUCUCGCCGUUGCUCUCAUAGACAGAGGGGACCCUAACGGGAAAAUGUCUGCAGAGCGGUGGCGGUUGACCCAUAGUAAGCUGGUCGACGCACUGUUUGUCAGGAUGGAGAAUGUCCCAGACAGUCCAAUGCCUACUUUCGAAGGCACUGGCUGGCUGAAUGGUGUCAAGAUCCUGACAUGCAAGGACGACCCAACAUUGCAGUGGCUGCAAGCGACCGUACCCAAACUGGACGGGCUGUGGGAGGGGGCCAAGCUGGACGUGGUGGACAGGAAUAAUAUUCCGUCCAUGCCGAAGGCGAAAGUCCUUUUCCCAAUAGUUGUUCAGGGAGAGCGGGCGCUUCAGUUGCUUAAAAAGCAGAACCCGGCCAUACCGACGAGUGAUUGGUCCGUGCUGAAGGUUGAUGAACCUUUACCCAGUGGUGGGCAGCACGUGAUCAUUCAGAUCAAUAAGGAGGCCGAGGAUCUGCUAUACAAGCGCAAUGGGAAGAUGGCGUGGGGCUUAGGGAGCGUGUACCUUCGCCUCAAAAAACGUCAUCCCAACGACCAGGACACACACACGCUGAGGUCAGGGGAGGUUGAGGCAGAUCUCGGUCUUGAGAUCGUGACCGACGCCACCCAGAACCUCAGCCUGACUGACAAGACGGAGGAGGUGGGGGAGGAACUGUCCAUGCAGACGGACCCCCCCGCGAGUUUGCUAACCUCUAAUGAGUGUGCUGCAACUCAACCUCCAUAAAUCCAAAACGGCUUCGGCGGAGCUACUCCUUGCCCUGGAGGAAGCGUCCGCCUACGCGGCUUUGGUCCAAGAACCGUGGAUAGCGUCGGGCAACACGGUGGCUGGGCUGAAGUCGCCUAACUAUGAUUUAUACGUCCCGACAUUGCAAUGACGAUCUAACCGUGGUGGUGCUGGAGAGCCGUGAAGGAUGUUUGCUGCUGGCAUCCUGUUAUAUGGCUCACGACAAGCCGGCUCCACCUGACGAGCUGCGGAGGCUGGUGGACAUGGUCUGCUCCUCCAAUAAGCAUAUUAUAAUCGGAACGGACGCCAACGCCCACCAUAGCGUCUGGGGAAGUCCCGACAUCAACGACAGGGGUGAGUCAGUUCUUGAUUUUAUCCUUAACCAUAAGCUUAGACUAGCCAACAGAGGUGAGGUAUCUACCUAUGUAGGUCCCACCUCCAGUAAUGUGCUGGACUUAACGAUUGCAACUGAGUGUACCAAUGUAGAAGAGUGGAGGGUCCUGGAUAGACCCUCCUUCUCGGAUCAUAAGUAUAUUCAGUUUACCAUUCCAUUUAAUAGGGUACCUGCGGCUCAGCCGUUCAGAA